AAGCCCAAGAACGAAUCAAGAUUCAACCCCUCUCUCUCUCGCUCGCUCUCUUCUUCUUCUUCUUCUUCUUCUUCUUCUUCUUUAUUUUCUUUGGUGAUCCAAGAAAAAUUUUGAAACCCUUUCCUUUCAUCGAAGAAUUGGUGCUAUUUUUCCAAGUAUCAAUUGGUUAUUUUUUUUUCUUGAUUAUCGGAUUUGCGACAAAGAUUGGGUCUUGUAUCAAGAAUUCAAAGGAAGAGCAUGAUGGAGGAAUCGAAGAAAGAGGCGGAAGUUGCUGCUACUGAUAUUUAUAAUGUGGAAGCUGCUGAAAUUCUAGCGAACGAAGCGCUGCAUUUGCCUAUUUCGGAGGCUGCCCCGAUUUAUGAGCAACUUCUUUCAACCUUUCCAACUGCUGCAAAAUUUUGGAAGCAGUAUGUUGAGGCAUAUAUGGCCACCAACAAUGAUGAUGCUACAAAACAAAUAUUCAGUCGAUGCUUAUUGAACUGUCUUCAGAUUACUCUUUGGCAGUGUUAUAUACGUUUCAUUAGGAAAGUCAACGAAAAAAAGGGGGCUGAGGGUUUGGAAGAGACAAGAAAAGCUUUUGAUUUUAUGCUAAGCUAUGUAGGCACAGAUAUUGCUUCUGGACCAGUGUGGAUGGAUUACAUUUCCUUCCUGAAGUCUACGGCGGCUACAACAUCUCAAGAGGAGUCACAUCGAAUGACUUCUAUGAGGAAAAUAUACCAAAAAGCAAUUGUUACUCCAACUCACCAUGUGGAUGUCCUUUGGAAAGAUUAUGAAACUUUUGAAAACUCUGUUAGUCGUACACUGGCUAAAGGUUUAUUAUCUGAAUAUCAGCCAAAGUUUAACAGCGCAAAGGCAGUUUACAGGGAGCGUAAAAAAUAUGUCGAUGAAAUUGAUUGGAAUAUGCUUGCUGUUCCUCCAACUGGUUCUUACAAGGAAGAACAACAAUGCAUGGUGUGGAAAAGGUUUUUGGCUUUCGAAAAGGCAAACCCACAACGGAUUGAUGCAGCAUCUUCCAAUAGACGUAUUAUCUUCACUUACGAACAGUGUCUUAUGUACUUGUAUCAUUAUCCUGAUAUAUGGUAUGACUAUGCUACAUGGCAUGCAAAGAGUGGGUCUGUUGAUUCGGCAGUCAAAGUAUUUCAGAGGGCUUUGAAGGCUCUUCCUGGUAAUUGCACUGUUUUUUCUGCCCUCUAUUGCUGCUUUGUGUUAAAUGCAACAAUUUUUGCACCAAAAAUAUAG